GCGUUUUUUUUGUAGUUGUCGAGCAAGGGAUCCUCGGCAACAAAGCACGUUUUUUGCUCAGCACACCUGCGUCCAGCAAGACUGGCAACCUCCCUGCGUGACAGUAAAAAAGUACACACAUCGAAGCAUGGCAGAAGCCACGCCCGUCAUUUUCACCUGCACCUUCUACACGUCCGAGGCGGACGUGCGCCUCGCGUGCUGCCUAAAGUUCCUGGGGCAGUGCCGGGCCCACGAGCUGGACGUCGUGGUCGUCGACGCGUCGCCGAGCGAGGCCAUCCGGGCGAAGAUGAAGGAGGCGCACCCCGCCGCGGAGGUCGUCAAGCAGACGGCGCAGGGGCGCAAGGGCGCGGCGCUGCGCGAGGCGCUGGGCCUCGCGGCGGCGCGCGCGGCCGGCGACGCGGCCUGGCUCUGCUGGCAGGAGCCCGAGAAGGACGCCAUGGUUCCCCUCUGGGCCGCGUGCCUCGGCGCGGCGUCCGAGCGGGCCCUGGACGUCGUCGUGCCGCGGCGCCGCGCGGACCUCUUCCGCGACACGUACCCCGUCGAGCAGUACCACUCCGAGUCCUUCGCGAACGCGCUGCUGACGGCCGCCGCGGGGGACGCCGGCUUCGACGCGGACCUCGACUGGCACUUCGGGCCCUUCGCGCUCAGGCGCGCGCACGCGGGCCUCUGGCGCGCGCACGCGGGCGAGCUCUGGGACGCGCAGGUCGUGCCCGUCGCGGACGCGCUGCGCGCGGGGCUCCGCGUCGGCGGCGCCGAGGUGCCGUUCGCGGCGCCCGCGGCCAUGAAGGCCGAGGAGGAGGGCUCGUUGGCCUUCAUCCGGAAGCGGCUCGACCAGAUCAACUUCCUCGACCCCAAGGUCAUGGCCGCCCUGAAGAAGAAGCGGCCCGCGCCGGCCUGAGGCCCCGGGGCGGGCGCGGGACGACGCGGACCCGGAGGCGAUAUAAUAAAAACAUGUGACCC